CAGAUCGGGAGCCGCUCGCUGGGGCCCAGGCAGCUGCGGAGCGGAUCGCAGCCGGCGGCGGGACCGCCACAACCUGACCGGCCAUGAACUCGGGACCCCAGCCUCGGACACCCCGGACACUAUUCAGCAUCGCAGACAUCCUAGGCCCGCGCAGGAUUACCCGAGGACCUUCUACGUCUCAGCUUCCAGAGUCGAGCCCUGGUCCCACGUCGCCUCUGUGCGCGCUGGAGGAGCUGACCAGUAAAACUUUCCUCGGACUCGAGGGGCACGCUCCGGAGUCCUCUGAAGGCCGCGCAGCCCGGGGUGCGCUGGGCCCCGGCCCCACCGGCCGCAGGCGGCGAAAGUCACGCACGGCGUUCACCGCGCAGCAGGUGCUGGAGCUGGAGCGACGCUUCGUCUUCCAGAAGUACCUGGCGCCUUCGGAGCGCGACGGGCUGGCGGCGAGGCUAGGUCUGGCCAAUGCGCAGGUUGUCACGUGGUUCCAGAACCGGCGAGCCAAGCUCAGACGCGACGUGGAGGAGAUGCGCGCCGACGUGGCCUCGCUGAGUGCGCUGUCCCCCGAAGUCCCGUGCGGCCUGCAGCGGCCAGAUGGCGCCCCAGGCCCCAGCCCCAACCCGGGCCCUGGCCCACCGGACUCCGGGCACCACCUGACCGAAGAAGAGAUUCAGGUGGUUGACUGAAGGCAAAGCCGCUGCGGGGCCCGUCUCCUCACCUCCGUGCCCCGCGCCCUGUCCGGGGUUCCCGGGUGGAGGGAGGGUGUGGAUCCGGCCUUCUCCGGCUCAUAGUCCAGACGCUCACUUUUCCCAGUUGUUGAGAA